CCACUACAAGAUAACUCAUCCAAGUUUUUUUGAUGAGCUCCAUGAUUAUCUCAGCAUCUUUCCGUGCUCAAAAUUUGUACUAUGAGGAAUCUUGUAAUUACCACAGCUUCUUCAUCCGCCAUUGUUACCUCAACUCGUCACCACCACCACCACCACCACCACCAUUUCUUUAGCCAUAAACAAACUCCAAUUUUCUCUCUCCACAACAUUAUCUUCUUUUCUCUCUCCAAACCCACCUCCUUAACUCCACCUUCUUCUUCAUCUUCUACCUCUACACCUCUUACUUUCCCUCAUUCUGACCCACCAAACUUCAAAUCUACUAAAAAUGAUCUUACUUAUUACGCCGAAAUCGCUUCGAAGCUCGUUGAUGAUGGUUUGUUCGAUGAUUUUGUCAAGGUUGUGGAGAGUGUUUUGAGCUCUGAUGCUACUGGGUCUUUAUCUUUUGGUACACAAUUGAAUUCUAAACUUGUGGUUUCAGGUGUUAUUAAGGGAUUGAGACAAGGGAGAAUCAAGGAUGUUAUUGAAUUGUUGGGAUAUUUGCUUCAAUUGAAUGUUACCCUUUUGAAAAUGUUUGAUGGGUCUACUAUGAAGUUGCUUAAAAAAGAGUGUUUCAAGGUAGUAAAAGAGGGAUAUCUACUAGAAGCCGUUGAGUUAAUGGAAAUGUUGGCUGGUUUCCAAUUUUCAAUCAAAGACUUGAUAAAGCCCAGCGAAAUGAUAAAAAUAUCUAUUGAUAAACACAGCCCAAGCUUGGCCGUAAGGUAUGCCUGUCUCCUUCCACAGGCAGAGAUAUUGUUUUGUACCAUAAUUAAAGACUUUGGAAAGAGAUCAGAUCUGGUUUCAGCUGUAAAAGUAUUUGAAGCUUCCAAACAGAAGUUGAGUGGUCAUAACAUGUAUGUCUACCGCACUAUAAUCGAUGUUUGUGGCUUAUGUGGUGAUUGCAUCAAGUCCAGGUUGAUCUAUGAGGAUCUACUGGCUCAGAAAGUUACCCCAAAUAUCUAUGUUUUCAACAGUCUCAUGAAUGUAAAUGCACAUGACUUGACUUACACAAUGGAAGUGUACAAGCAAAUGCAAAGUAUGGGUGUUGAGGCAGAUAUGACUUCUUACAACAUACUUCUGAAGGCCUGCUGUCUGUCAGGAAGAGUUGACUUGGCUCAGGAUAUAUACAGGGAGGUAUUGCAUUUGGAAUCAACUGGAGCAAUUAAAAUAGAUGUUUUUACUUACAGCACUAUUAUCAAGGUAUUUGCAGAUGCAAAAUUGUGGCAAAUGGCUAUCAAAAUCAAAGAAGAUAUGCUAUCUGCUGGUGUUACUCCCAAUACAGUUACAUGGUCUUCGUUGAUCAGUGCAUGUGCUAAUGGUGGUCUUGUCGACCAGGCAACUCAGCUUUUUGAAGAGAUGCUUAUGGCUGGUUGUCAGCCUAAUUCACAGUGUUUCAACACACUUCUUCAUGCCUGUGUGGAGGGAUGUCAGUAUGACCGAGCAUUUCGUCUUUUCUAUGCCUGGAAGAGUAGUGGAUCUCCAGAAAAUUUUAGUGAAGAUCUUAUUACCAAUGAAUACAAAACUUCAAAUGUUCUUCGAACAGAUGAAAAUUCAACCGUAAAUACACCGCACAUUAUGACUGCAUCACAUAAUUUGAGCUUUUCUAAGAGUAUUCCAUUUAGUCCAACAACUGCAACAUACAAUAUACUUUUGAAGGCUUGUGGUACUGACUUCUACCGGGCAAAAUCUUUAAUAGAUGAGAUGAAAUUUAUGGGUCUUACUCCGAAUCACAUCAGCUAUACAAUUUUAAUUAAUAUUUGUGGUAGAGCAGGAAAUGUAGCAGGUGCCUUACAGCUAAUGAAAUCCAUGGUCGACUCAGGAAUUAGGCCUGAUGUUGUUGCUUAUACAACUGCUAUAAAGGUUUGUGUGGAAUGUAAAAACCUGAAUAUGGCAUUUUCAUUAUUCUCAGAAAUGAAAAGGAACCGCAUUAAACCAAAUUUGGUAACAUAUAAUACUCUGCUGAGAGCCCGUACCAAAUAUGGCUCCCUACAAGAAGUUCAACAAUGCCUAGCUAUAUAUCAAGAUAUGCGGAAAGCUGGCUACAAAUCCAAUGACUACUAUCUUAAACUACUGAUUGAAGAAUGGUGUGAAGGAGUAAUUCAAGGGAAUAAUCAGCAAGGACUUUCAUAUUCACGCAACAAAGCUGACCUAGGGGAAAUGCGAAGUCAGAUUCUUGAAAGGGUAGCAACCCAUUUACGGAAGAACACAGUUAAAAGUCUUGCAGUUGAUAUUCAGGGGCUGACAAAGGUAGAAGCUCGGCUUGUAGUUCUAGCAGCUUUACGUAUGAUUAAAGAAAAUUAUAAAUCAGGAUGUUCUGUAAAAGAUGAUCUAACAGUUAUAAUAGGAAUCACAAAAGUAGGCCUACGGUGUAUGGUCAGAGAUGCUAUAGAAAAUCUUUUGAAGAAGGAACUCGGGCUUGAAGUCAUUGCAGAAGAUCCAAGUGCGACAGUUGACAGAACCCCAGAUAAAGAAGGUGCUUCCAAUUUAGGUUCAAACUCGAGAGGUGCUAAAAUGAGUGAUUUGCCUAAUAGUCUCGACACUUCAGCUCGACGACCUGCAGUAUUGCAAAGGCUAUUGGUCCCAAGAAAAUCUUUGAAUCAUUGGUUACAAAGAAGGUCGGAUGCUGGCUCUAGGCGUUAAUUGUACAUGUACAUUAUUUCAUACUGUAAUAAAUCUAACAAUUUAUACGAAAUAUCUCAUACAGCUAUAUAGCUAUGUAAAUCCAAAAGCUGAGCCUUGUAUGAAUACAGAAAUUUUAGAAAUGGUGAAAUAAUUUCUUACUGUUUUCAUUUCA